AUGAUAAAAUCUUUGUCGACGGGUUUCUAUCAUCGAGGGCGUUGCUCCAUUUGCCUCCAACGCAGAACGAGACUGCAGACGGAACUGACUCGAGGAUGCAACGGAGCAUCGGGUGAACCGGAGGACCCUGAAGAACCCGAGGAUUCAGAAGUCGAAGGAAAGCAAUCCAGGGGUGAAAAAACGGAGAGAGGGAAACGGAAAGCGAGUGUCGUGAAUUCGGUAAAAAGACAGUUCUUGAAGGCGGAAACUAUUCGGAAAUUCAAGUCCGUCGCAAGUCACGUUGGGCUGCUAUUCACCCUGAUGCUUUACACUGCCGUUGGCGGGGUGGUAUUUCGAGAACUUGAACUUCCGGCAGAGCUGUCCCGGCUUACCAAGCUCCGUUCCAUAGUUCAGACACAACGGCGUCACUUGGUCGGCACCAUCACGAACAACACGGACGUUUCGAAUUUGGCCACCUUGGUCAGCCUAGAAUUGGAAGCGUACGAGGUCGUCGUCCAGGAAGCAGCUCAAGCAGGCCUCCUCGUGAGUUUUGCAGCAAAGGAUUCCCUAAAAGGACAUCACGUAAAUCAAAAUGCCGACGAGACGUCGAGCCUGCCGCUAAUCAGCGACAGAUGGAGCGUUCUCCAGGCGGUAUUUUUCGCUAGCACCGUCCUGACGACGAUUGGAUACGGAAACAUGGUCCCGACAACGUUCGGAGGACGGGUGUUCUGCAUCUUCUUUGCCCUGGUCGGCAUCCCGUUAACCUUAACGGUGAUCGCUGACUGGGGGAAAAUCUUUGCUGGGGCCCUGAGUAACGUCGGACGGAGGAUCAAACCCCGAAUUCCAGCGUCUUGGUCCACGUGCAUGCCCACCCACAUGGCCGGCAGGCGGUCCUUGGGAGCGUUCGUUGCGGUGGUUUUCCUCUUCCUCUAUCUCUCCUGCGGAGCUGGGAUGUUCAUGCUUUGGGAGGAGGACUGGGGAUUCUUUGAGGGAUUUUACUUCUGCUUCGUCACCAUGACCACCAUCGGCUUCGGCGACCUGGUUCCCAAAAAGCCGAAAUACAUGCUCCUCUGCACGCUGUACAUUUUGGUCGGUUUGGCGCUGACCAGUACGAUAAUAGAGCUGGUUCGACGACAGUAUGCUCAGUCCUGGCGGCAACUUCAGGCCCUAGGAGGACCCCUGGCAGAGGCUUUGAAGAGGUUGGGAGAACAUGCGGGGGGCGACAUGUCAGCGUUCCAGAAUGAUUUGCGCAAGGUUUUGACCGUGGUGUCGAUGCCGCGGAUGAAACGUGGCGGAGGAAUGGCAGGUGCUGGAGGUGGAUCGGGGACCGACGGUGACAGAAGGCAACGAGAGUGGGAAGAAGCCGUCGAGGCUGUAAUCCGCGACAUUACGGCCGCCGUUCCGUCCUCGCCGCAGCCCGACAAGCCGAUUGUUCAAAUCGUCAUCUACGAGUCCAGUGUUUAGUUAAAUUACGCUUAUAAUAUAACAAUAAUUAUGUAGAUAUGUACAUAAUAAACAUAUUGUGAAAUACUUGUGCACCUUUUUUUUGUACUCAUAACAUACGAUAUAAUCGUUAAUGA